CUCUUUCUAUUUUGCCUCUACUUAUAAUAUACCCCUUAUCAUUUCCCUUUAUAUCUGUUUGCUACGAUCUUGGCUGGCUCCGUGGAAUGCGAAUGUUCUGAAUGAGGAAACAAAAAGGAGAACUGGUAGUUGCUCGAUUCUGUUUGAUUGUAUUGACAUCCCGCGGGGACCACAAUUUGCCUAUGUGUUAUUUAGCAGUUUAUAUUUCCAAAUGCCAUGGAAGGAGAGGGGACCACGGGGUGACGGAAACUUGUAAUUGGUCUUUUGGAAGGUCCGGUUAUGGGAGAACGGAAGAGGGCAGCAUUUUCUCCUUUUUUUAUCACUUCUCUACGCAGAUUCAUUUAAAACUGGUAGAAAAGUGAAGCUCGUUUUCGUUUUUCAUCCACCAUUCAUCUUGUCGUAUUACUGUAAUAUUCGUGCUAGCUGGCUGUGCUUGCCUGCCUGUCUGUCUGUGUGUGUGAUUUGCUUUUCUUGGUGCGAGGAUC